CCAGUUUGCCAUAAGGUGACCUUGACUUGGUUUCCAGGUUUUCGAAAGGUCACGAUGGAUGAUUUUAUCCUAAAUAUUUUGGAUACGAGUGGUCGUCAAGAAAAGCAGUGUAAGAACACGUCAAGUCGUAAGAAAUCUAACUCAAUCACUUCAUCUUAUGCUCCUCUACAUACUGCAGCUAAGGAUGAACUUGUUAUUCAGAAGAAAAAGAAAGAAACAAGUGUUGGCCGUAAGUCUUUGCCGGAGAAAAAUUCCUUGCAGUUUGGUAUACACAACAAAAUGACUGAGACUCCUAUGUUACAUACAAUGAUGAGGGCAGUUUCUUCAAGAUUGUGCCAGUUAUCAAAAAUAACGAGUCAAAGGUUAUGACCAUGCCGUUUUAAUGGAUCAAACAUCUGACUUCUAUAGUUAGUUUACGGACUGACUGGACGUUACCGAAAGUGAUUGUCGACUGCUUUUAGGAACCGUAAUUCUCACCUAACAUGUGACAUGGUGUUGUAGUGAUCCAGAAAAUUUCUUGCGAAAGACAAGCAAGGAUCAGAAAACACUGAGAAGCGUUUCAUCCAAUCAGCGUUCACUUGAAGUUUUAGCCAAAAAUAUCAAGGAAGUGAAACGUCACAUGUAGAGGUUCUGAUUGGCCCGUUGCUAUACUGCUGCCAUGUUUAGUAGCAUUCCAGAAUCUUCGAGCAACCCAAGGACAUUUAAAAAUAUUAUAAAAACCCUAUAUUUUCUGUGUUAAAACGAACCUUGGAGUAAAGUACUUGUCGCAUACUUCGCGUCUUCUCUCUCGUUGUUCUGGUCGCUGUAUAGUUCUAACUUGGGGGUUACAGAAUAGCUUAGGGAACGAAUAUAGUGUUAAAUUUGCAAGACUUAUCAUAUGGUCCUUUCAAGCAGAACUCCUAAUAGGGUAUAUUAUAUCAAGUUUUUCUUGUACAUAUGUACGAGUUUCUAAAAGAUUUUUAGUGGUCCAGAACAAUGCUUGGUGAUUUAUUUCCACUCUCUAGAGUUACAUCUAUGAUCAAACAGUGGAGUUGUGAUAUUUUGUUACUACUUGGUAUAGUUGAACCAGUAGUGUGGAAGUGUAACAUGUGGAACCAUCGUAGGAAAGGUUUUUAUUUAUAUCUUUAUUGCACAAUUAGUAAACACUCGUAUUGUGUUUUAUAUUUCCCUAUUCCCAAGCUUUUGUUUAGUGUAUGAAUCGUCGUAAAUCUUGUUCCAAAUAGACUAAUAAUUUCUCUGGUAUUCCAGUUUUAUUUCAGUUAUGGCUAAGUUGUUUACAUAUUAUAAUUCCUUAAUUGUUUUGCUGUGUAGUCAGACAUUGUGGGUAUGGGUUUCAAGUCAUGAUUGAAUGGAGUACAACAGAGAAGUAAUGUGCUGUCUAUUUUCGUCUCCUGAUGGGACACCAGUUUAGACUGGGCUCGAGGAUCAGUAAGCGCUAAGGUCUUGGUCGGUGUGUUAGUAGGUAAGUAUGAACACCAUCAGUUCUACUGGCAAUAUAGACAAAUCGACCGCUAGUCCGACUACAGAGAGGUGUCAUAUAACUGCUUCUACAAUUACAGCCUCACCACGUGUGACCCAGUAAAUACAACCCUCUUUUUUUCCUAUUUUGUUAUUACUAUGACUUUAAACGCUUUUUAAGUACUUUGCUCAACCUCUUACUUCGACUGUGGUUGCCUUUAUUUAGCCAACCUGUGAAACCCAAAAUUGAACCGGUUUUUUCUUCGAAGCAUUGGAAAGAUAUAUGUGAGUCGUUGGAUAUCUUCCCACAUUUGAUUACUUGCCUGACUAACCGUUUCAAAAUGGACCAUCUAACCGCUAUUCAGGAAGCCGCACUUCCUCCUUUAGUUGAUGGAAGAGAUGUUUUAUUACGUGCCCAAACAGGAUCUGGCAAAACUCUAGCAUAUGCAGUCCCACUGUUCGAUCGGUUAAUUAACCUUGACCCUCCCGUCGAACGUAAAGAUGGACCUUUAGGGAUAAUAAUUCUUCCUUCAAGAGAAUUAGCAACACAAACAUUUGAUGUUUUCAAAAUUCUGUCUCAAGCUUGUGUACGUAUUGUUCCAGGAUUGUUGGUUGGAGGGAUGAAACGAAAAUCACAGAAAGCAAGUCUAAGAAAGGGUAUCAAUAUUCUAAUUGGUACACCAAAGCGCAUUCUUGAUCAUAUGGGACAUACGUCCACACUCGAUCUUCGGAGAAUACAAUGGCUAGUAAUAGAUGAAGCUGAUCGUUUGUUAGAAAUGGGAUUCGAACGAGAUGUUAGACAGAUUGUUGAGGGAUUAAUGCAGCAGUUCAAUUGUUUUUCGACGGAAAAUAAAUCCAUAUCAAAAAUUCAAACCGUCCUUUUAUCUGCAACAUUAUCUCCGGGAGUGGAAGCUCUUGCUGGUAUGACUUUGAAGAAUCCUGUACGUUGCGUGGUUGCAGAAAGUGAAACAAAAGCUCCAAAUACCCAACUUUCUAUAACGAAAGCCUCUGAAGUAGAGUUAAAUACACAAGUAAAUAACGUUGCUGAAUUUGCUCUUCCUACAGGGUUAAAACAUUUUGCACUAAUUGUUCCUUGGAAACUGAGGCUUGUCUCAUUGGCAGCUUUCCUAUUACUAAAAUGCAAAUAUCAUGAAAAUGGAGGGAAGCUAAUCGUUUUUAUGGCAACUCAGGAUUGUGUGGAUUUUCAUUAUCACCUAUUCAAAUCAGUAUUAUGCGAUGAAUCUGAGGAGCUUAUUUCUAAUAUACCUGUCAUGAAUCUGUCGAUUUACCGACUUCAUGGAAGCAUGGAACAUAAAGAACGUGAAUCAGCUUUCAGUAGCUUUUCAUCUAGUCAAGCUGGUGUUCUAAUCACUACAGAUGUUGCAAGUCGAGGUUUGGAUUUAGCAUCAGUUGCUUGGGUUGUACAAUACCAUGUGACGGGAGGUCCUAUCGAUUAUGUACAUCGUGUUGGACGCACUGCACGAGCCGGGGGUCAUGGUAAAGCAUUGCUUUUCCUAGAACCUGAAGAAACUGAAUUUAUGAACCUCUUAAAAUCAAAAGUUGGAAUUGAAAUGAAAGAAAUAAUUUUGCCUGAUCUACUUCAGACCGUUCUUUUCCAUUUACAGAAUACUAAGCAUCCUGGGAAGCUAAGGCCAGAUGAUUGUACAACAGUUGAAGAGGGGACUAGUCAGCUGUUUCAUUUGUUUCUUCAUGCUGUAGACAAUGAUGACACUUUGACAUCACUUUCAGAAUUGGCCUAUAUAUCAUUUCUACGUUCUUAUGCAAGUUUUUCGGGUGACUUACGACCUAUAUUCACUUUCAAACGUCUUCACCUAGGGCAUGUUGCUAGAGCAUUCUGUCUACAAAAGAAACCAUCCGAUGUCGCUUCUCGUGUAAGAGGUCGUUUUGUUAAGGCUGAUAGGCAGAAGAAUUCUACAGGAAAGAAACGGGGGUUUGAUAGCUCGAAUGAAGAUGGCAUAGUACCACAAAAACCAAAGUAUUCAUCUGCUUUAUCAUUCGAUAAACCCCAGAAGAAGCAAACUAUGAACCGCACAAAACCGUCUGAUUUGGCCAAACGUAACAUGCUUGCAGAAUAUGGUUUAUAAUCUAAUCUAUAUACCAUUUGUAUAUACUUUUUACAUACUUCUCAUGUGUAUAAAAGCAAUCUGUGAAUAUGCAUUUUUAUGUACAGAUAUAUUCUACAUAUAAACUGAUAAUUAUUAUU